AUGGUGGGGAAUGGCCGCUCCAUUCUGGACCGGGCUUUAUCCCUCUUGCUGGCCGCCGCCGCACAACAGACGGUGCUGGGCUCCGGCUCAGUGGGCAAGUCGGCGCUGACGGUCCGAUUCAUCAAAGGCAAGUUUGUGGCGCGGUACGAUCCAACCAUCGAGGACUCGUACUCAAAGCCGCUGGUGGUGGACGACGAGGCAUGCAUGCUGGACAUCCUCGACACGGCGGGGCAGGAGGGGUACUCUUCGAUGCUCGACGCGUACAUGAAGUCCGGCGAGGGCUUUAUCCUUGUCUACGAUGUGACGAACCAGGCAUCAUUUGAACACGUGGACGAGAUCCGGCAGCGCAUCGAGCGCUCGCUGGAGGACCGGGCCGUGUGUAUCACGCUCGUUGCCAACAAGAUCGAUCUCGAGGCCGACCGUGUGGUGACCUCGGAAGACGGCGAGGCCAAGGCCAAGCUCUGGGACGCCGACUACGUCGAGUCGUCGGCCAAGACCGACACCAAUGUCACGCUCAUUUUCGAGACCAUUGUCCGGCGCAUCCGAUCGUCCCGCGGCGGCGGCGGCGACGACGACACCCCGUCGAGCUCGUCCAAGAAGAAGGGUUGCACACUCCUGUAA